CGUGCCUGCGUGCCUGCGUGCCUGCGUGCCUGCGUGCCUGCGUGCCGGAGCCCAGAGCCCCAGGAAGGAGCGGAGCUGUGGGAGGAGUCCUGUAAGGCCGCUAGAGAGGAGCCCUCCUCCCGUUACAGGUCUCCUUCCAUCCUACAUCUCAAGAUGAGCCUCAUACUCAGAAACCUGCAGAGCUCCAUCCCCAUUCGGAGGGUCCCGCUUCGGGCCAGGAUCGAGCUCCUCAGGCACGUCCUGGGCAUCCAGCAGUUCGACCUGGGUGUGAUCUGCAUGGACAACAAAGGCAUUCAGCGCCUUAAUAGAACCUACCGACAGAACCAGGGCCCAACUGACGUGCUUUCCUUUCCUUUCCAUGAGAACCUGAGGGCAGGGGCCAUGCCUCAACCAGAAUGCCCAGACGAUUUCAACUUAGGAGAUCUCUUCCUGGGAGUAGAGCACAUCUUCCACCAGUGCCGAGAGAAUGGCGAAGACUACUAUGAUGUUCUGACAGUGACGGCUGCUCACGGACUCUGCCAUCUUCUUGGUUACAAGCACCACACGGCAGCAGAAUGGCAAGAGAUGUAUCAGAAAGAAAAGCUCACUCUUGAAGCACUGAACAAGGUUGCUGGCACCAGCCUCCAGCCACUGACCAAGAACCUUUUUGGAUAAGCCCUUCACAGAUGUGUGGUGGCUGCCCUCCCCCAGAAGAAACUGGCUUAGCCUGGAACUCGGACCGUGAUGGGCAGAAGGGAAGAGAGAGAUGGCAGGCCUAGCCAAGGAAGGACAUGAGAGAAGUGGAGGGAAGCCCCCCACAGCAACUGUGGCCUGGGCAGCAGCCCCCUCAUGGUGAGGAGAAGGGCCCCUGCUCGAGGAGUCCCAACAGCUAGGAUGCCCCGAGGGCAGUCCUGGGUCCAGUGUCCACACAGGGCGGCCCCCAAGGGCUUGGAGGCAAAGGGAAGCUCUCACUCUCCUGGGAGUGUACGUUGUAACGGGGAGACCCAGAUCUUGUCGCAUGCCCUGCUGCGCUUUGUCCAGGAGGGCCAGACCCCUGAGGACACUGGGCACCCCCCUCCCCCCCCCCCCCUGCAUGGGGUCCAGUCCACCCUUAUACCUUUUCCCAGUAAAAGGCAAGGGGGUAGGGAUGUAAGACCUGGGGUGCUACAGCCUCUGCUCCAAGGAGUUUUCUGGGGUUCACAGAAAGCUCCUGGCUAGGCAGUGUUCCCCACUGCCUGUCCAGGGGUGAGGGACGUGUUGGGAUUGAUGUGUGUCUACCCCGAGACCGUCAGGGAAUCUUCUUGUCCUCGGCCUUCGAGGGAAGCCCCUGAGAUAGGCAAGGACAUUUCUCGGGACAUUCUCUCCCAUGUGUCUUUGCCUUCAGAGCGAGUUGGCCAGGGCUGGGAGGAGCUCUGCCUAUGCCCAACUUGUCACGCCUCCUCCAGACUCGAUGGCCCAGCCGCAGACCCGCUGGUCAUCAAGGUCAGGGCCCACUGACCAUGACUGCGGGAGAAUUCCUCCAGCAGCAGCCACUGAACAGAACCUUCUGUUUCCACAGGACAGAAUAGUUCUGAGUGCUGCCGCUUCUGCCCAGGACUAAGGACCCAGAAGCAAGAUGGCAUCAGGGAUUUGUUUCAGGAAAGUAAAUUCCAGGGUCUCAUAGGGCCCUGGGCAUCUGUAAAAGAGUUAUUGCCUUCCGUAGCUCUAGGCCACAGAGAGAACGCGCUUGUGAAAUGACCGGGUGAAGCCUGCUGUGGUGGCACAAGGAGCCCUGUACGUGUAAACCUGCCCUUGUUCUGUCACAGCCACUCGGACAUUGAUUAGGGGCAGCUAGUCUUCCCACUAAUGGGAAGAUCUCUCAAUUAGAUGAAACAGUUUGGAGAAGGGGUAACACAGCAGUAAAGAUUUUCACACAUUUCUUAAAACCCGUCUAACUCGAGCCUUGUUUUUCCUGAAAUCAGAGGUCCCCCAGGUCUCUCAGGGUGGACAAGUGGAACUUGUAAAUCUCAUCUUCCUCCUUGGUGGUUUGAAUUAGUUUUUCUAAGUGUUUCAGUCUUUUCAACAGAGAAGGGUCAGCCUUCUCCACUGAGGCCGUGUCUUCCUGUUGGGGGCCUGUUGGGGGCAGGAGACACAAAUGAGCAAGAGGGAGCUUGGCACGAAGAUCCUGGGACAAGGCCAUUGUGGUGUCGGGGACAGGAUGGGCAGCCCCAGCACUGGGAGCUGAGGAUGGCUGUGUUGGGCACCUCGAUACCAGAGCAAGUGGGAGGGCAGAGGCUGAGACAAAACCUGAGGCCCCUUUCACGGGGCCUCCCAGUCCUAGAUUGGACUCCCCCGUUGCUUUGCUACCCGGCUUAGCUACAAGCCCCUAACACAGCAGAACACGUACUACACUUCCUAUGUUUGUUUACAGAGUGGACUGACUACCUCGGGCCAGAGAGAGGAAUGAGUAGAAUUCAGACCUUCACUGAGGGCCUUUGGGCUGGGGGCUGAUGAGCAGUAUCGAUGUUAGGGGAGCCAAGUUUCCCUCAUUUGAACCCUGCCUCUUUGCCAAAAGGAACCACACCAGUUAUGUGAAGAUCAGACAAAAAGACCCUUGAGCAUGUGUGUCGAGCACUGUGCAAAGUGCUUUAUAAACGCCCUCCUAAUAGGGUGGUAGAUCAAUGGAAUAGGCUAGGCUCAGGAAAUGCAGUAGUCAAUGACACUAGUAAUGUAGUGUUUGAUAAACCCAAAGA